AUGCUUGUGCUCCCAGUCAGUAUAGCAAGAUCAAUUUCAGUGGAUGAACCAGUACCUUAUAUACCUCCUCCACACUGGUGCUCUGUUGUGUACUAUGAACUGAAUAAUCGCGUCGGGGAGAUAUUUCACGCCUCUCAGCCAUCGCUAACUGUGGAUGGAUUUACGGAUCCAUGCAACUCUGAACGAUUCUGCCUGGGAUUUUUGUCCAACAUCAAUAGAACACAGAAGGUGAAGAUGACGCGCAAUCACAUAGGUAAAGGUGUCCGUUUUAACUACAAAGGCGGAGAGGUCUUUGCCGAAUGUCUGAGUGAGAGCCCUGUGUUUGUACAGAGCUCUUUCUGUAAUCAGCGCAAUGACUGGCACCCAGCAAAAAUCUGUAAAAUAACCCGGGGUUGUAAAAUGAAGAUUUUUGAUGACCUGGAAUUUGCUGAAUUGCUCUCUAAGUCUGUCUAUCAGGGAUUUGACGCAGUUUACCAGCUGACAAAAAUAUGUACAAUUCGUAUGAGUUUCGUGGAGGGUUGGGAAGCCGACUACAGGCAAACAAUGACCACUACCCCCUGUUGGAUUGAAAUUAAACUGAACAGUCCCUUGAAGUGGUUGGACAGAGUGCUGGUGCAUAUGGGGUCUCCAGAGUUACCCUGCUCCAGCAUGACGUAA